AUGCCCGGUCAUAGGAAAAUCGAGACGGCAGCCAAUGGUGCAGUUGUAACGUACUCAUUAACUCCUUCUUAUAUGGAUCCACUAGAUCAGAUGACAGCAAGUAGACAGGUAGUGAGAAGUAUACUUGUUAACGAGUUGAAGAGAAUGGGUGGUUUGAAGUACACAGAGACCAUCAAGGUGAGAAUGUCGAAGGAAGUCGGUGACGGGAAAACCAAGAAGGACUCGGUCUACUUCAAGUCUAAGACGGGUGCUGUGACGAAUUUCGAAGAUAUUGAAAAUACAGCUGCCAACAACCAACUUACCAUUCUCUCUAGAAUUGAAACGUUUUAG